AUGUCGACUAGUACGAUCCCAAUACCCCGCGACCCAACCGAUGACGAGGCUCUUGCCCUGUUCAAGACGGUAGAGGAGAAGUUUCCUUCAAGGUCGCUUGGAGGUGACAAAUGGUAUGUCCUUCUGCUUGCGUCGAUCGUUGGCGGCGGACAGCCCGGCUUCGCGCCCCUGCUCUACAAGGAGCUUAUCAAGCGACCUGAAUACCAGACACCCGAACACCGCCAGGCUUUGAUGCGAAGAAUACGUGAGACACUGUUCAAGCUCAUCGUCAUUGUGGGUGUGUGCAAGCCACUGGAAGCCAUCUUCGACAUCGAUGCAAUUACCAAGCCAGAGGACAAGGACUAUACAUUCUCAAGAGAAGGAUGGCAAUGUGACGAGGCAAACUCAAAACGUGAUUGGACGAGCAAGCAAAUUACCUACGGACUCUAUCUGUCCGAUCACAGCAUUCUCAAUGACGUUGAGACCGAGCUCACUGUACUCAGCGGCAUCAUGAUUCAGAAUCUGCCCAGAGAAACUGCCUGGCAUUUGCGCGGCACCAGGCGCAUUGGCGUUAGCAGAGAUGACGUUGAGACGAUCCAACAAUGCAUCGAGCUUGUCGCCAAUUUCUGUGGCUUACGACUGCACAAGGUACCAAGGGUCGCGGAUAUUGAGCAUGAAGUCUAA